AUGAAUGCCAGGGACCAAAUACUUCGCCGUUUCAAAACUACACGUGACGACAAUGACUGGCAUAUCUAUAAGGAAGCUCGGGAAACGGUAAAAACCACACUAAGAAACGCAGAGAGAAACUACAUCCGUAAUGAGGUACAAACUCACAAAGAGAAACCGGGUUGUCUUUGGAAUAUUAUUAAUAAAGUUAUACCAUCCAAAGAGAGACCCACUCUAACAUACGGUAAAGACCAUAAAUCGGUAGCAGACGAUUUCAACCAGUUCUUUUCGUCAGUAGGGAGAAAAACAGCUGAAGAAGCUACCCGGCUAGCUUUGGAAAAUAAUAUUAACAUUUCCACCGCCGGUCUUCCAUCCACACCACUUGGAAAUUCCCCUGACGACCUGUUCUAUUUCCGUCCUGUUACCUGUACAGAAGUACAAAAUAUUAUUCUAUCUAUGACCUCCAACAAAUCUCCUGGUCUCGAUAAGAUCAAUAUGCGGGUCAUUAAAGAUUCGUUACCAGUUAUUUUAGGCCCCCUAACAGACAUAAUCAAUUGUUCCCUCAACACAUCUACAUAUCCCAAAGCAUGGAAAAAGGCUGAAGUUAUACCUCUGUUAAAAGAUGGUGACCAUGAGCAAGCUUCAAACGAUCGCCCUCUUUCGCUUCUACCCGUUGCUUCUAAAGUCUGCGAGAAAAUUGUGCUCAGUCAAUUCAACACGUACUUAACGAGAAACAAUCGUUUGUCCUCCCACCAAAGUGGCAACAAGAAACACUUCUCCACAGAAACACUGUCUAUUUUUGUGAAUGACACUAUUUUGAAAGCGAUGGAUAAUAAGAAGUUAACUGAACUUGUGCUUAUAGAUUUGUCUAAAGCAUUUGACAGUGUCAAUCACAAUAUCCUACUUCAAAAAUAUGAACGCAUCGGAGCGUCUAAACCGUCAUUGAGAUGGUUUGGUAGCUACCUAAAUGGACGAUCACAAGUAGUACGUAUUGGUCCAACUUCAUCUUCUCCCCUUAACCUCAGCCACGGCGUACCGCAAGGAGCGAUACUUUCACCCUUACUCUUCUGCAUAUACAUGAAUGAUCUCCCACUACCACCACGCACUAGCUCCCUUGAAUCAUACGUUGAUGACUCCAAGGUUUUCCUAUCCUUUCCGAUUAAAGAAACUACUUCCACCAAAGCGAAUCUGGAAGAAGACCUUUGUCUUGUAGCUAAAUUGUGUUUGACUAAUCAUUUAUUGAUCAACCCAGAGAAAACCAAGUUUCUGCUUAUUGGCACACCCCAGUUGUUAAAAAUAUUACCUUCGUCAAUGACUCUCUCAUUCCUAGGUAAACAUAUUAUUCCUGUGUUCAGUGCAAAAAAUCUGGGAGUUACCCUAGAUUCGCAUUUAUCGUACAACGAACAUAAUACAAAUCUUGUCUCGUCGUGUACUGAAAAACUUUGUCAAAUUAACAGAGUGAAAGACAGUUUUGAUAAAGAAACGCUCAAACUCAUCAUUUCAUCACUUGUUAUCAGUAAAUUAUUCUACUGUUCUGCUACAUGGUCCAAUACAUCUUCCACAAACAUUAGCAAGCUCCAAGCAGUACAGAAAUUUGCAUGCAGGAUUAUUACAAACACUAGAAAGUUUGACAACAUCACUCCUGCGCUACGUCAGAUUAGUUGGCUACCUGUGAAAGAAGAACUUAUUCUCAGAGACUCAAUUAUGACGUACAAAUGCAUGAACUCGCUUGUCCCACAAUAUUUAAGCGAAACAUUGUCGAAACGAUCUUCGAUACACUGCAGACUCACGAGAAACCAAGAUACGCUGCAAAUCCCUUUCAACCGAACCGUUACUGGACAACGUUCCUUUCACUACAGGGCUGUUAAUCUUUGGAAUGGCCUGGAUGAAAAUAUCACAGAAGCAAGAUCUCUCCGCCAUUUCAAGAAGUUAAUGAAAAACAAUCUGUUAGACCACUAUUUUAACAAUUAA